UUGAUGCCAGAGUCUGCAGUCCCUCGCUGCCUCAUUGGUGCUGAUGAGAGGGAGUGGAGCGCGUCAACGCAUUUGAGACGCGCAUUCUGCAGGAGCGUCGCGUGAUGCGGGUUAUGCGAGAUUUACUACACGUCCACAUAUAGACGAUAGACCUCAAUGGGCAGUUUAUCCGACAUACGCACAGGCAGGUUGCUCAAACGCGAUACUGAGGCGAAAAGCAGCUGCUAUGGAGACUGAGCGCGCAUCGGUGAAGACGGUAAACACGCGCGGGUGUGACUCUAUGUGUUUUCUGUAGGGCAAACGCGACCGUGGGUUUCUGAAGGAUGGGCUACUCAGAUCCGACAGCUAGUAGAGAUCUGUUGGGAAACAGAUCCCUGUGUUUUAUUUUCAUAUGUGCUUUUGGACUGGUCACCUUAUUGCAGCAAAUCCUCUAUGGCAAGAACUAUAUUAAAAGUGGGCAACAGUUUUCCCGCCUCAAAGGAGAGGAGGUGGGCAACUGGAGCGGGCUCAUUAGUUACCCCGAUGAUGGAGGGAUGAAGCCGGCCAGAAAUGGGAGGAAAAGAUGUGUCCGUCAGAAUUUUCAGCAUUCUGAGGCUCAGAGCUCCGUAGUUAUCACGCCCUGCCUAGCUGAUAUUCAGAAGAAAAAAAAAGCAAAGAAAAGGUAUCUGGAACGCUCCGAAGGCUCUUUAGAGUUCAACUCCACUUCCUGCAAGGAGCUACGGCAAGAAAUCACAGAUGUGAAAGUACUGACCAUGGUGAAGACAUCAGAGCUGUUUGAGCGAUGGAGGAACCUGCAGGUGUGUAAGUGGGAGCAAAACAAGGAGGAGACAGAUAACUUCAAAAUGUCUCUGUCCCGUUGCUGCAAUGCCCCCUCCUUCCUGUUUACCACGAAGAGAAACACUCCCUCGGGCACCAAACUGCGUUAUGAGGUGGAUACGAGUGGAAUCUUGCACAUCAGCCCGGAGAUCUUUAAAAUGUUCCCUGAUGACAUGCCCUAUUCCAAAUCCCAGUUUAAGAAAUGCGCCGUGAUCGGUAACGGCGGCAUCAUUAAAAACAGCAAGUGUGGACGAGAGAUCGACGCAGCUGACUUUGUCUUCCGAUGUAAUAUUCCUCCCAUCUCAGAUAUGUACAGAGAAGAUGUGGGAUCUAAGACUGAUCUUGUUACUGUAAAUCCCAGCAUUAUAACCGAGAGGUUUCAAAAGUUGGAGAAAUGGAGAAAGCCAUUUUACGACGUUCUGCAGAACUACGAGAACUCCUCGGUGGUUUUGCCGGCGUUCUAUAACACACGGAACACCGACGUGUCGUUCCGCGUGAAGUACAUGCUGGACGACUUCGAGUCGGCCCGCGGCGUGUUCUUCUUCCACCCGCAGUACCUGCUGAAUGUGCAGCGCUUCUGGGCCGUGCAGGGCAUCCGCGCCAAACGCCUCAGCAGCGGCCUGAUGCUGGUCACCGCCGCCAUGGAGUUAUGCGAAGAAGUGCAUCUCUACGGCUUCUGGGCGUUUCCCAUGAACCCCUCCGGAAUCUUCAUAACGCACCAUUACUAUGACAACGUCAAGCCCCGCCCCGGUUUCCACGCCAUGCCGUAUGAGAUCUUCAACUUCAUGCACAUGCACGCUCGCGGCAUCGUGCAUGUGCACACGGGCCCCUGCAGGUGAAACCGCCAAGCAUCUCUGCAAUCUGAUUGGUCCGUUUUGUAGAGCUCCUCCCGUUCACUGGCGCUACGGAACUCAGACUUACGUGCACGUGCGCGAAUCGCUGCCUUAAAGGCCAGGCGUUUUAUUACUACGUGUUUUUACAAUAUCGUGUCGGGACAGUUGCAAAAUGGUACGUGUUUCCUGUGAUUUUCCGUAAUGGUGUCGUAUUUGUGUUUCAAAGCAGAUAUCACGUUUUAAACUUUGUGAGGAGGCGCCAAACCAGGCGCGACGCAAUAAAGCGCUGCAGUCGGGUUCUGGAAGUAAAAAGUCAUUCAUUUUCUCCAUAGGGAAAUUGAUUUUUAAUGAUAAACCUUUUAAGACAGACCUGUUGUGAGCACUGAGGUUAUUAAUCGAUGGUAAAUGCUUUUGUUGAAGCCAUCUAUUAGCAUUAAUUCAACUUAUUUUUUAAAUAAUCAUGUUUAAAGGUGCUGUAUGUCAUUUUUUGACUACUAAAACAUACAAAUACCGUAAUGUUAUAAACAUGCUAAGUUCACAUGUUUCUCUGAAAAACAAUGCUACAGUCAGUUAUUCUACUUUGGAAUGUGCGUUCAGUGUCAGAAUGUCUGUUUUUGUUUUGGUCUGUGUGACUCCGCCCACUGCCUGUUUAUCCAAUUGUAUCUCAACAUUCCGGGUUGCCAGUUGCCGGAAAACACAGCAUGUUCCUGCUAUGGAGGCCAGCAAACAAACUGGGUCAGAGAUCACAGAUUCUACCUGACCUAAAAAGCCUCGGCAUCCAUCUAAUAUCUCUGACCAGAGGCAUAUUAAAACGUGGAUAAAUCAACUCAUCAACUUACAGUGUAAGGCUCCUUGCCUACCAUUGUCAGUUGUGCUUGUUCCUGUUAGGUGUCCACAAUCUGGCAACCCGCAUGAGCGUCGAGUUUGAAGAAGAGUCUCUCUCCAGUAUUUUGAAUUUGGACUCCAGUACAUACUGCAUCUUUAAUAUCUUCAAAGGUUGUAAUGUUGUAAUGUUGAUUCACUUUGUUGCUUGUUGGUUUGAUUCAUAGCUUAUACCACUUUAAAGAAGACAUUAAAAAAAUAAAUAAAAAUCCCUAUGGGAAAAAUGAAUGCGAAAAAUAAUUCCGGAACUAACGCCAUUGAAAAAGUGGGAGGGCUCAAAUGCACUCUAUAAAGUAGCCCCACCCACAGUGGAAUUUCAUUGGUCCAAAUCCUCAGUCCUAUCAGUUGUAUAUUGAACAUAAAAUAUAUAUAUCACGGGCUGUGAUUGUGUCACGUUGCGUCUGGUUAAAACAGAUUAAUCCACUCCAAACAUGGUUUAAGAGCAAGUUUACUGUUAAUUAACAAUCACAUCAGUGCAUAAAAGUAGACUGAAUUUGACAUUUCAGUUGAAACAUUUAUGUAUAAUGGUAAAUACAUGUUUAAUGCACAGGUUCUGAAGUUAUGUAUGAUAAUUUGCAAGGAAGUAUAACUUUGUGUAAUCAAAUCCAACACAGUUGUUUAUGUCUUUCUCUCACACACGAUCUGUGAUUGAGGUUUUAGUGUCUUUUAAAUCCACUGAUCAUGUUUAUAAUGCUGAACUUUAUAUACUUUGUUUUCAGGUUGCUUGAAUAUGAUAUUGUGAUAACAAUGUAACAUUAUCACUAUACCAAGAAAUCGACUUUUUAAGAUUCAUCAAGAUCCUGAUUUCAUGAAACUUGAAGACAUCUUAAAGGCAUCUAUCUAUCUAUCUAUCUAUCUAUCUAUCUAUCUAUCUAUCUAUCUAUCUAUCUAUCUCUCUCUCUCUCUCUAUCUAUCUAUCUCUUAAGUUGCACAACAAUAUCUGUCACAGAAUUUAUCAGUUAUUCUAUUUUUACUUUUUAAUUAUUUAUUCAUUUAAUAUUCAUAUUUUUCAUUCAUUGUUUUUUUUGUCUUUUUUUUUGUCCCGUCAUUAUUUUAACACAAGUGUACAGUUAUUUGUCAAGCCAAUAAAGCACACAGA